AUGGCGACGACGCUGUACCCCGAAGAGAGUAUUUAUAAUUAUUUACCUGACAUAUUUCCCGCCGAAAAAAAGAUAAAGUAUAAACCCAGAUACUUACCGGUACUCAGUAUGGAGGACAAAGUGCGGAAGAAAACUAUGAAAACGAUGGGCCCAGCUAAAGUCGAGGCCCCAUCUCCAGAUAAAUACCUCAAGAAGCAUUCCAAAGAGCCCAAACUGCCUGAAAAAAAAGAGCAUAGUCAUCGCACAUGCACAUGCACAACAAAGAAACCGCGAGUCCCCUUGAGGUCCGAACAUCCACAAAUGCAGCUAAACACUCAGAAAAACUUCUUGAAACCCACUGCAACAGUGCGGCCAAAGUCGCAUGAGGCCAUUUCUGUCGACACCAACCGGGGCCACAGGGCGCCCCUGGAACAUUCCGGACUGGUCCCAAAAUACAUCAAGAAAAAGAGUUACGGCAAAGUUCCCGUGUACCUACAGCACCGCAUCCAGGAAAUGGAAAGAUCUACAGAGGACCACAACAUGUAUGUGAAGGACAGAAGCCCCAUGAGGCAGCUGUCGGAGGAGGAACGACAAGAUAACUUGGAGCGCCUGAAGAGAACCUUGGCCGAGGUAAUGGAGAAGUACCAGCGUAUGCCGGUGGUGGUGGACACGCUGAUGAGGAAGACCCGCAAGGAGCAACUGGAGGAGGAGAUGACGCAGCUGGAGAGCGAUGUCUUCCUUUUUGAGAAGUUUAAGACCAUCUACAUCGCCAAUUAG